UACAGUAUGAGGAACCAAAGGGAGUAUGUAUGGCAUACUUCUUAGGUCGUUUAUAAUACUUAGUUUAACUAACGUUAUUUGAAUUCUUAAUUUGUAUUACUGUAGAAUAUGUUAUAUCGGGCAAUUUCUGGACAUCUUAUUUAAUUGGAAAUUCCGUAAGAAAUGUUUGUAACGUUAGCUAGCUAGCUAGCUAGUAAACAAUGAACUGGUAGCUACGAAAGCGCCGUUUUCUUUUUAUUUAAUGUUGUUAGCUAGACUAACGUAACUGUUAACGAGCUACAAGCUCCUAAGGUGAAUGCCAAUGUUUGGCAGUGAACUGUCAUUCAUUCAGCUGUCAAAGCAGAGAGAGCAAAUAGCUAAUGGUAGCUAUUAAUCUUGUUUCCAAUGUCACAAAACGACUCCGAAAGUGACAUAUGGGAAUACAAAUCUCUCAGGAAAGUAAAGAAAAAAGAUGCACUCGCAUCGAAUAAGAAAUGUGGACCAAAAAACAAACCUGCUACUGUUAUCAGCGGUAGCACGUCAUCUGACAAAUCCUCUCUCAGAGGCAAGAUAGUAACUCAGGAAAAACCUAGAAGAGAAGCUGGGUGUAAAACCGACGGGUUACUGAAAGAGCAAAGUCAACAGGACAAACAUUUGGGUGCUCUGACGUCACAUAUUAAGGAUGCCACUGCAGUCGAACAUGGAAAUCGAUCCAAAAGUUCUGAGAAAGAACAGCCUCUUGCUUAUAGGGAUGAGUUCUGUCCUGGCUGUCAAAUGCCAUUUUCCAUAUUACUGGUACAGUCACAACGCUGGCACGUCUCAGAAUGUCUGGAUAUGAUUGGAAUAGACCGCGAAGAAUGUCCUGAUGGUUUGAAGUGUUCUUCCACUAUUCCAAGCCACUACAGGAAGUACAGCCACUUCCUGCUUGCCCGGAGCCGUGCAACCAGUGACCUGAGCACGGCUGGCCUGAGCACAGAUAGCUCACAGGAGAUUGUGACAAAUAACUUCACCCCCUCCAGCCAGAGUCCCUCCUCCAGCCAAAGUCCCUCCCCCAGUCCAGGUCUGGGCGUGCUAGGACAAAAAUCAACCCCCACAUACACAAAUGCCUUGCUCUUGUUAAAAUCCCCUGCUCCAGGGGACAUAAGGAAAAAGAAGGGCUGGUCCCCAAUUACCAAGUGGCAGAAAACCACAAGCUUAGAACAGGGUGCUGGAGUUUCACGGCUACCUAAGCAGACCAGUGGUGCAUCCAGAAGACUGCAUGAGGAUCAAAAAAAGGCCUCAUCUAUACAUUUGGUUAUGCCCUCUCCCCCAUCGUCCAACAGUGAUGAUAUCUCUUACUCCCCCAUUUCCACUCCUCCCAUAAGCGAUGAGGUCCUACCCACCCAUAAGUCUCCAUCUUACAGCAGCAUGACUGGCAGUAAAGAGGGUGAGGGGGAUUCUUUAAUGCUGUACAGCGAUGAUGAGCUGUUGGCUGAGCUCCUAACCCAGGCUGAGAUGGAGGCCAACAGCCAGCCAGGAAACACAACUGCGGCAGUGAACUCAGAGUUCACGGAGGCAUGUGUUACCUCAUUAUCGCCCUGCGCUAAUGAGCUUAACGGUGACCAUGAGGCCUUUAUCUCGUUGACUUCUCCUGGUGACGAGGUUAACGAUGACUCUGCGGACCGUACCUCAUUAGUGCCUCCUGGUGAUAAGCCUAAUGAGGACUCCGCACCUGCCCCAGCUUUCCUCGUUAGUGCACUGAAACGGGAACGCGCCCGCGCCACAGCUGCAAGGAGUGACCACACCCCCGCAGACAACGCCAAGCUACAGCUGCAGUCCCCUCAGAGUCUGGUUCUGGAGAGGCUGCGUGAGCGACUGUGCAGCUCAGGCGAGGCGGCUUGUGUGGACCCCGACACGUCCUCAGACGGCUCGAAACCGGACGAGGCCUUGUGCGAGGCGAUGCCCCCGGUGACGCGCGGCUCCACCCGGCAAGCCCUGGCGAGCGCGUCGCCCAAGAAGGCGAGGGGCAAGGCCGGCGCGUCGGUGCCAGGCGGGCUCAAGCAGACUGACAUCGGGGUGUUCUUCGGCCUCAGGCCCCUGAAGCCCGAGGCCGGGGACGGGUCAGCCAAAGAGGACCUGGUGCGUGCCGUGGCGGUUGCCGGAGACGACGCGGGGACGCGGGCUACCGUCAAUGGGCGGCGGAGGAAGAGGAAAGCCACCAGCUCGGCUGGCGAGCCCCCGGUCCUGGGGGCCGCGGACGGCGACACUAACCAGGUCCCGCAGGCGGAGGCGGGCUGGAAGGGAGCGGGGAGGAAGAGGUGGAGGAGGAGAACGGAAGAAGGCUCUGAGACUGUUAGACGCUGUCCCUUUUACAAAAAGAUCCCAGGCACGCCUUUUGCUGUGGACGCUUUCCAGUACGGAGCUGUAGACGGCAUCAGCGCCUACUUCCUCACCCACUUCCACUCUGACCACUACAAUGGCCUGAGGAAGGGCUCCAGCUUGCCCAUCUACUGCAACCGAAUCACAGGUAACCUGGUGAAGAACAAACUGAGGGUGGAGGAGCAGUACAUCCACAUCCUGCCCAUGAACACAGAGUGCACAGUGGAGGGCAUCCGCGUCACCCUGCUGGACGCCAACCACUGUCCCGGUGCAGCGAUGCUCCUCUUCCUCCUGCCGGAUGGUCAGACGGUUUUGCACACGGGUGACUUCAGGGCCGACCCGUCCAUGGAGAGCUACCCACAGCUGCUGCGCUGCAGGGUGCAGACGCUGUACCUGGACACCACGUACUGUAGCCCUGAGUACACCUUCCCCACCCAACAGGAGGUCAUCACCUUUGCUGUCAACAGGGCCUUUGAGCAGGUUGCCCUUAACCCCCGUACACUGGUGGUGUGUGGCACCUACUCUGUGGGCAAGGAGAAGGUCUUCCUGGCCAUUGCAGAGGUUUUGGGGUGCAAAGCGAGCUUGUCCCGGGACAAAUACACUACCAUGUGCUGCCUGGAGUCAGAGCGGAUCCGCCAACUCGUCACCACCGACUGGAAGGCGGGCCAGGUCCACGUCCUUCCCAUGAUGCAAGUCAACUUCAAGAAUUUGGAGGCUCACUUGAGCAAAUUCUCAGCAAAGUAUGACCACGUCCUCGCCUUCAAGCCAACGGGCUGGACAUACUCCAACCAGACCGAAGCUGUGGAGGACAUUCAGCCGGAGAUCCGAGGAAACGUCAGUAUCUAUGGCAUCCCCUACAGCGAGCACAGCAGCUACUCGGAGAUGAAGCGCUUUGUCCAGUGGCUGCGGCCUCUCAAGAUCGUCCCCACAGUCAACGUGGGCAGCUGUGCCAGCCGCAAGGCCAUGGAGACGUUCUUCAGCGAGUGGCGCGCGGAGAGCGCUAGCGGCAGUGCGGCUAACUGAGCCGGCCUGGCCGGAGGAGUGAACUGCCGUGAUUCCUCUCACCCAGGAAUCCUGUUAAUGCCCCCUCCCCUCCCCCCAGAAUCGAUUCAGGAACACAGCCACAGCCUGGUCACACAGGAGGAGGAGCUUAGAGAGCAGGUGGCUCAGGUGGAUAGUGUAAUGACGAUGAUGGUGAUGAUUAUAGUUAUGGGAUUAUGAACUGUGGUCAUGUUUUGCUGGGCAUAUGGUUUGCCAUUUGACCUUGGAUCCUUUGUAUGAACAUGAGGCCCAACCUGCUGCUUUUAAAUAAUAAUGUUACAUUAAUGUUGUCCUGUAAAAUGUUGUCUUCUGUGAGAAGGGUAUUGGAGCAUUUCAGCAGUAUUUUCCUACUGGUAUUAUGCUGCAUUCCCUGUUUAUGAAUGGUACAUUUCAAUUUUAAAUGAAAAUAAAUAAUUACUCAUGCUGCUCAUUAA